CUAACGGCUCCUGACAUUUCAAGAACUGAAUCAAAAACCCUAUCUCAAUCCUCUCACCUUCUAUCAAUUAAAAUCCUACCAAGAUCCAAGUUUCGAGAUCCAAAAGUUUCUCAAAUUUUCUGCAUUUUACAAGCAUCUCUCGCUAAAUCUAAAUUGGAAUCCUAAAAAAUCGGCCAUUGUAGCACAUAAAUCGCUCAAAAAUGGAUUCGACACCUCCUUCUCAUAAAUCAAACCCAAACUCUCAAACAAAAUCAGCUUCUCGCUUAGCUAGAAUCACCUAUUCUGUUGAAAACGAAGAACCCCCACAUCUUUCUUUAGAUCUUAUUCACUCAUCAGCAAAAAGGACAUCGCCAACGCCUUCAGCUCUGUCACUCAAAUCUUCCACUAACUCUCUUUCUUUCCAAGAUCUGCUUCUCCUCUCGCCAUCUCCAAGAAAAGCAAGAACUCGCCUCGCAGAUCGACUUGAGAUGGCCGAGGAGGCUGCCAUGGAGCCCACUGGGUCUCGCAGGAGAUGCAAAAGCAAAGCAGCUCACUUGAGUUCUAUGGGUUGUGCUUCACCAAGGCAUAGCAGAAGGUCAAGGAGAAGAUCAGAAAUAGAGAUUAAAGAAGAUAAAGACUUGGUGGGCUUGGUGGAGGAGAUUGGCAAAGUUAGGAAAAGAAGGCAUAGUGGACGGUCUAAAAAGGAGAAGCUUUCUUUGGUCCCUUCAGUACCUUCUUCAAGUCCUUCUCCAAAAGUUGAAGCUGGUGAUGAAAGCAAUUUGGAUAGAAUUGGAAUAAUUAUUUAUGACCUGAUAAUGUGGAAAGAUGUGGCAAAAUCAAGUCUUUGGUUUGGCUUUGGGUGUCUGUGUUUCUUGUCUUCUUGCUUUGCUAAAGGAAUUAGCUUCAGCAUGCUCUCUGCCAUUUCCCAACUUGGGCUUUUGCUCCUGGGUGCAUCAUUCAUCUCAAAUUCUAUAUGUCGAAGAAGUAAUGUUGAAAAGAGAAGCAACUUUAAGCUGAAAGAAGAGGACAUCUUGAAAUUGGGUAGAUUAAUUCUUCCACCUGCUAAUCUUGCAAUUUCAAAGACAAGAGAGCUUUUCUCAGGAGAGCCAUCCAUGACCCUCAAAGUAAUUCCAUUCUUGCUUCUUGGAGCUGAGUAUGGUCACCUUGUAACUUUGAGGAGACUUUGUGCUCUAGGGUUGUUCAUUGGCUUCACUAUCCCCAAAUUGUAUUCAUGCUAUUCCAGUCAGAUAAAUCAAAAAGUUGAUUACAUUAAAAGCCGCAUUUUGGAAGCAUGGGAAGCUUGCUCCCACAAGAAGAUUGUGGCAGGAUCAGCAAUCACAGCCUUUUGGAAUAUGUCCAGUGUCAAAACUCGCAUUUUUGCAGCAUUUAUAUUUUUGGUGAUCCUACGGUGCUUCCGGCAACAUCUGUUACCAGAACAGGAAAAAGGAGAAAGAGAACAAGAGCCACAGCAAGCAUUGGUGGUGGUGGAAGAAGAAGAAGUAGCCUCACAGAAAUAGUAUUUGUUGGUUAUUGCCAUUACUAACAUAUAAUAAUUUCUACUACAAUGUAUUAGCAGUCUACAGAACUAACAAAAUAUUUGUUUUACCAUAAAAGUGAUUGAUUGAUUUAUCAGUAUUCAAUUUGUACAAAUAAAGAGUGUUUUCAGUGUACUUAUUUUCCUUCCAAUCA